AGGGAUUAACUUGAUUGGUGAGAAGUUUGUAGCUGGGCGGUGCCGGGCCGCCCUUACGGCUCUGCGCUCCCCCAGAAUCACAAAGCCCUGCAGGGAAACUUGCUUUAGCGCUUGUUCCUUUGCUUCAACUCCCCCCCCCACCACCCCUUAAACGUGAUCCCGGCUCAGCUAUCCCCAGGGCGGCAUCACCCAGGCGUCCUGCAGCGCAGAUCUCCUGCGACCCCGGGGGAUCUGUCAGAGCCGGGGCUGCGGAUUCCUAGCCCACCACCCACCCGCUCACUCACACACGCACCCCGACCCGGAGCUGCAGCUCGUGCAAAGCAGGGAAAAUACAAGUUUUCUCUCCCCUGACUUAGCUAAUCGCGGAGAGCCCUGCGCGCUGCCAGCGCCUUUUGUGGCAAAAGUGUUUUCUGGUGGAAAGAUGGUGGCUUGAAACUUUGAUGCUUUAAUGAACGCACUGAAGGUUUUGUAGGUAAAGGGACUCCAGCCCCUCAGGUACAGUUUGCAUUGUGAGUUUCCUUUAAAAAAAACAACCAAGCAAACAAAAGAGCCACGAACUUAACAAAUCCUCCGCCAAGGAACCUGCUUUUCAGUGCCUGCCCUCCUCCCUGCCUUGCAAAGCUGGGGGCUGUCAAAGUGCAAAGUUUGAUUUACUCCCCUGCCCGCCUGCGGAAGGAAUGAAGCUGAAAUGAAGAGAGGCAGCACAUGGGACUGGCUAGAGGACUGACUUUCCCGGAUUGCCAUUCAAAGGGAUCUGUUAUGAUGGGGCAAACAGCGCGCUGUUAAGUAACCGGACUGCAACGGAAGGUUUGAAAGAUCAGAAAUCUGUACAAUACAGACGGAACCAGUUUUCAAAAUGGAAUUCCAGUUUGCGCUCUUUUUUGUAGGGAUAAUUGCAUUUUCAGAUUCAGCCCGAGGCCCACCCAGAAUUGCUGAUAAAGUGAUCCACCGGCAGUCCGUGAGGUUAGGAAGAACCAUCAAGCUCCUGUGUCCGGUAGAAGGUGACCCGCCACCUCUGACUAUGUGGAUGAAAGAUGGACGGACUAUCCACAGUGGCUGGACCAGGUUCCGGAUCCUGCAGCAAGGACUGAAAAUCAAGGAGGUGGAAAGUGAAGAUGCAGGAACAUACAUCUGCAAGGCCACGAACGGCUUUGGCAGUAUGAGUGUGAACUACACCCUUAUUGUGAUUGAUGAUGCCAGCUCAGGAAAGGACAGCCCGCUGUCUGAAGGCUCCAAUGGCGAAUAUGAAGAUCAUUCUGGGAAGCAGUGGGCCCGGCCCAGAUUCACGCAACCUGCCAAGAUGCGACGGAGGGUGAUUGCACGGCCUGUAGGAAGCUCAGUCCGCCUGAAGUGUGUUGCCAGUGGGAACCCUAGGCCUGACAUCACCUGGCUAAAGGACAAUAAGCCCCUCACACCUCAGGAGAUUGGGGAGAACAAGAAGAAGAAGUGGACAUUGAAUUUGAAGAACUUAAAGCCUGAGGACAGUGGGAAAUACACUUGCCGAGUGUUUAACAAAGUUGGAGAAAUCAAUGCGACAUAUAAAGUUGAAGUAAUCCAGAGGACUCGGUCCAAACCCAUUCUCACGGGAACGCACCCUGUGAACACCACCGUGGACUAUGGCGGGACCACGUCGUUCCAGUGCAAGGUCCGCAGCGACGUCAAGCCCGUCAUCCAGUGGCUGAAAAGGGUGGAGUACGGCACAGAGAACAAGUACAACUCCACCAUUGACGUCGGGGGGCAGAAGUUUGUCGUGCUCCCCACUGGGGAGGUCUGGUCCCGUCCGGACGGCUCCUACUUAAACAAACUGAUGAUCACACGAGCCAAAGAAGAGGACGCUGGGAUGUACAUCUGCCUAGGGGCAAACACAAUGGGAUACAGCUUCCGCAGUGCUUUCCUCACGGUGUUGCCAGAUCCCAAGCCACCGAGCGCUCCUGUGGCCCCGUCCUCUGCUAGCAGCCUGCCGUGGCCGGUGAUCAUCGGGAUCCCCGCUGGAGCGGUCUUCAUCUUCGGGACGAUCCUCCUGUGGCUCUGCCAGGCCAAAAAGAAGCCCUGCUCUCCCCCAGCUGCAGUGCCCGUGCACAGACCUCAGGCCAGAGACAGGAUCUGUGUCUCCCAGGGUCCUGACAAAGACUGCAUCUCCUCCAUAAACUAUGAGGAAUACGUAGCCCACCAGCAGCAUUUGCUAUCCCAAGGGCCUGCGUUGGCCCCAGCUGUGGCAUCGAAAAUGUACCCAAAGAUUUACACAGACAUCCACACUCACACGCACUCACAUGUGGAAGGCAAAGUUCACCAGCAUCAGCACAUUCAUUAUCAGUGUUAAAGGGCAGCCAGAGACGGUAGCUUAUUGGUGCUUUUUUCUCACGGUACCUCAGAACAGACUGCUUCGAGUCAGCUAACACUGCCAGCAAAAGGCAAAGUGGACAGAGGAGGGAGAGAGAGAGAAAGAGAUUUUUGUUGUUGUUACUAUUACCAUUAGGAUGUAGAUGAGGAAUAAUGAAGGAAUUCCCAAUCUCAGCACAAAGGCGGCCAUCUAAAACAAUGGAAACUUCUUGUAUGUCUAAAUCAAGAUGGCAACAGAUAAGGCAGAAAGCUGUGACAUGAAACACCAGGGACCCUGUUGCAUUGGCAAGCAGAGGAAGAAGAGGAGAACACAAUGAUAUUGCAGUUGAUAUUGCAGUUCCUGCCUCUAGCACAUGUCACCUGUUUUGGUGCAAGGCCCAUCAGAUGUCUUACCCUUGGGAAUGUACAGAAGAGCUCUUUAUCUCAGAGUGGCUGAAGCUUGGAAGUACCUGAGGUGUAGUGCCAAAGCACCAGGAGACUGUAAUCAACUGAAACAUUCAAUUGCCAAUUUCAAAUGAAAAAAUGAGCAGAAGAGUUUCUGGAAAACACAUUUCUAUUUACAACGUGAAACUCCACAUGCAUCUCGCCAGCAGUAAUUUUGCCUGACAGUUGGUGAUAACUUAGCUGGCUGGUUCCAUUUCUGCAAAUCAAGGGUAUUGUGUGUUCCCCAAGGGGGCACUGCUUGAAAUCUUUAAAAAUGUUCAACUUACCCCAAUGCUAUGACUCAGUGCUACUGCCAGAAAGAAGGAAGGAAGGAAGGACAUUGUACAAUGCAACUUUAUAUUUAUAUUUAAGAAAUAAUAAUUAAUAAUAACUGAACUGCUGAAGGUCAAGAAAAGAAAACAUGCUGCCCAUUUUUGAUGCCGCUAGCUGUGAUUUUCAAUCAGAUCUUCAUGGCUUAUAGUGACAAGCUACUGGAUUAACUGUGUCAAUGAAAAAUAAAUGAACAAGUAAAAAUGAAAAGAGAGAGAAAGAGAGAAAAUAACUGUUUAUGAAAGAAUGAAUUUGCUAAAUAUGCACCUAGGGUUGUGUGUGGUUUUUCUUUCCAGAUAAUGUUUUGCAGUUGAUUCAAACAAUCUCAUUUCAGUUUCAUUUAAAACAACAAAGAAGAAAGAAAGAAAGACCGUAUUAAAUACUUAUAUGGACUAGAAAUGAAUUCAAUCACAAAUAUAAAACCUUUGUAAUUCUAUAUAGAGUUUAAACAGAAGUCAUGUAUAUUUAAUUUAUUUUGUUAAACAAGAAAAAAAUAUGAUAUUUUCCUCAAAACAGGCAUUUCUAUACAUAUUUUUGAUCAAAGAAAAUAAAGAUGAAUUGUGGGUUUUUUCCAGGUUCUUAUAGGUGCCAUGCUCCAAAUAUAAGCAAUGUAACAUAUAACAGUACUUUAUUUAACCAAAUUGAAAGUCAUAUGUUUGUAUGCAUUUUUACAAUAGCCAUGUGUAAUUGUUCUAGCAGCAUCUCUGGCACUCCAGGUGCCAUCAUUUCCAAUAGAAACUGCUAUUUUGUGCUGUUUAUAACCUGUUCGGAAAGUUUUGCUGUGGAUUGAUCACUGCCUCUGCACCCCAUGUUAUCCUGGCCUCAUUAACAAAGAGCUCAGACCACAAGAAAACUUUAUUUCACUGUUUAUUUAAAAAAUGGGUUUGAUUUUUUUGUGGUUAACAUUAUAAGAAGUGAACUGGAGACCCGUGAUAUAAUUAAGAAUACCUUUCCCCAAAAAAUGUUUUAAAAGUGAAAUGUUCCUAGGCAUGGGCCCAUCAAGUGGACUUCUGCCUCUGAGCGUUUUGGGGAGAAAAAAAUUGCAAGUCUGGACAAAUGAUUUGAUCCCUAAAAGCAGCUUCUGAGCAUAAAACAUUCAGUAGAGAUUAAAUUCACCACAGCAAGAGGAGCCUGCACAAGGCCCUCUGUACCCCUUAAGCCCCCUGUUAAGGGCUUAUGGCUCAAUCCUGCAAGGGCCCAAGUACUCUGGCCUUGAUCCCCCAAAGCACGUAACUUUGCAAACAUAUGGCCUGGUGCCCUGUGGUUAUUUUCCAUUGGCUUCAGUAUCCAUCAGAUCAGACCCAUUGAGGUUAAUGGGAAUACUCAGAUACUUAAAAAUCAGCACCGUUUUAAAUGCUUUGCUGGUCAGGGCCAGAGAGCUCAGCACCUGACUGGCUGGAGCCUGUAAGUGAUGGGUAGGGCCUUCUGCACUGGUGUGAAUUGCACCCACAGGCUCUGGAAUAACACAGCGAGGGGUGUAUUGUACCUUUGUUCCCUGUGUUGCAUUCCUAUUGGUUGUAAUGGGAGUGGAACGAGUACAGCUUAUUAUACUCCUUAUUGUGUGCAUACUGUAGAUGGUUUGUCAAGUCAAACCUUCACUCCGUUAGAGGGGAACCCAGACUGGCUUUGAUUCCAUAAGGCCAUAAAGUUAGUCACUACAUUCAGAUCUUGGAUGCUGGUGCAUGGGUCCCUUCGGUUUCAGUGAGCAUCGUGAAUGAGCGUCCAUGUGCAUAACUGGGGUGUUGUAAGUACUGAUUUAACCAAGAUUUGCUAAUGGCUGCAGUUUACUGGGUGAGCCAUCCACACAUAGAAAAGUCUAUGCGCAGUUUCUAUGUAUAUCGACUAUGUUAUAAGAAGUCAGGAAAUUGGUAUUUCCAUGAGAGGCUGUAAGGGCUGUGGCAGAAAUGUCACCAUCUAUUGUGUCUACCUCUCAUACAAGUCUAUGAGAAGUUUGGUAUUUUUGUUACCAUAACCUGCACAAAGCUAAUGCACAUUAAAGCAAUGUUAAGGGCACGACACAAAUCCAAAUUCAGAGAUAAGGGGGAUAGUUCUUCCAACGCUUUCCGGGCUGGGGUGCUGUAGGCAGGGACCGCAGGGUGUCACAUGCCAGACAUGCUGUAAUAGCCUUACUGCUAUUGCUUUAAAAGUAUGGUGGACUCACCACUCCUGUGUGGCCCCACUUUGCGUGAACCACAAGAGACUGCCACGUGACAUUGCCAAGAUGGCAGCAGUAUCUCUGACAGGUACUGAUAGAUUACUUUUAACUCAAAAAUGACAGUGUAUUUAGCAUACGUCAUUGUGUUCCAUCCCAAAUAGAGUUCUUAUUCUCCAUUGACCCUCUCUUCCCCCUUUCAUCCUGGAGCUUCAUAAUCUUCUUUAAUGGAAUGAAAAACUUUAAAAUGUUGCCAGCUGGUCCAAAUGGAGGGAUUACCUUUUCCAUCUUGUAAGUAGGCCUUCACCAAGUGCCCUUCAAAGCUCCGGUCUUUAAAAUGCUAGUCAUAUGUGUAGUUGUGAGGAGGGUGGUAAUAGGAAAAAAAUGAAGGCGGUCGCAGGUAGUCCACCACCGCCAUCAAAAUAUUGGUUGUGCAGAAGCCAAUAACAGUUGUGGUUCCUGGACAAGAUUUUGAGAAGUCACUAGAGAUUUUGCGUGCCCAACUUGAGACAUCUUAAUGGUCCUGAUUUUCACAAAGUGGCUGAGCUCCUACCCUCUGAACAUCAGCCUCCUUUAAAGGCCCUCGGGUUGGAUAAUCAAAAAGUGAGGCACCCUGAACCACUGGUCACUUUUGAAAAUGUUGGCCAAAGUUGUGCUUAUCUGGAGAUAAGGUCUGUAUGAGACUGGUGCCGCUAGCAGUAUAAGCUCCCUCAGAUGGGGUGGGGAGGACAGAGCUCUGGCCCUAGGCCAUCCCCACUUCAGCUUGGGAAGUAAAUACAUGUUACCACCAACCCCCAUAUCCCUCCCUUCCAAAGGGAUAGGUGAAAUUCACCCCCAUGCAGAAGGCCAGCACAAAACCUCUUAAGCCCAGCAUACACCAUGAAAAUAGGGCUUGAAUGGGACUUAAGCAUUGCCUAGGCUUUGGGUUGGCUCUGUACACAUGGGUGAACUUCACCCUUUAGACAGUGUUUUGCCUCUAUGAGGCAAUGAGCCUCCUUGAGCUCCUGAUGGGGCCCACUCUGUUCCACCCUAACGUGGGCCAUUCAUAUGCAGGGCUGUAUUGUGCCUUACAGGAAACACAAAGCAUUCCUAUGUCUAAAUAAGUUCAGUGAGAGUCUGCUCUUAGUCACCCAGAUGUGAAUCCAUUUUUUUUCCAGUGAGACAGAAUGUGGCCUGACCUUUUUUUAAAUAAAUAGAGAACAUUUUAAAAGAACGGUGAACUUGCUAAAAGCUACCUACCACUGACCCUACUUUGAAUUCAGGAGCUUGAUCUAUAUACAGACACAUCAGUCUAUGGCAUAGAAAGUGGGCCUCACUUUUAAAGGCACAAAACUUGAGGAUCAAAGAGAAAAGCCAGACUUAAUAUUGAACAUCCUUGUUAUUUUGUUUGUGUGGCAAACUGAACAUGGCCUUAAAUGUCAUUUUUGUGUGUGGUGUCUUUAAACUUUGUAUUGACAAUCUUUGUACAGUCAGCCCUUUUAAGGUGAAAGCUUUAUCAGACAUUUACAAAUAAAAAGUGUGAUGUCAUUUUCAAGCAGUGGGAAAAUAAGCUAAUUAAAGAUAUUGGAAGGAGAAGCAAUGGCCUGUGUGUGUGUUUAAUGAAAGAGAUGGAGGAGUAAAAGCAUGAAUUUGUAACUGA